AUGACCAGUUCAUCUUCCUCAUCUUCAUCUACAGCUACUGCCACAACAUCUAGCGCUCGUAUUCGCUUACCAUCAAUAAGUGAAUUGACUUCACGAUCUUCCAUUAGUGGAGGUAGUGAUCGCGGUGGUGACCCUACUUGGAAAUCGCAGAUAUCUCCAAGAUUAUCUGAUACAUCAAGAAUAUUGCCAAGUAUACUUAACAAUACUAGUGGAUCAUCCACGCCUACUUCUUCAUCGUCACCAUUUAAAUAUCCACCAUUGAAAUCUACCGCAGGUGGUGCAGUGACCAGUGGAAACACACAAUCAAAUUAUGUUUUAGGUAAUACUAAAAUAAAUAGUUUACCAAGACUCUCUUCACCCUCAUUGCCUACCAAACCACAACCUCAACAACAACAACCACAAUUACCUCCUGCAUCUACUCUUAGUCCAGUGACAAGAAUAAUCAAUACUCCACCACAACAACCACAAUCAGUUUCUGCUUCUACAUCUCCAAAUACCCAUUAUCAAUAUUACCAAUACCAACAACAAUCUUCUCCAAUUCAACAGCAGCAACAACAACAACAACAACAACAACAAGCCACUCCUGCGGCAACACCAACUGUUGUUCAUAUGGCACAAAAUCCACCAUCACAUCCUGCUCCAUUACAAUACGCCACUCAACAGUACUAUCAACAGCCAAUUUAUUAUCCAGGAACAGCUGCAGUUCCUCCACCACCUCCGCCACCAUCAGCAACACAUCAAGGACAUAUAAUAGCCGUUCAUCCACAUCCAGGAAGUAUAUCGCAAGUUGGGGUUAGUGGCAUGCCACCUAAUGUUGGCUACACUAUUGUACAGCCAGAAAUUGUCAAUAAGUCAACCAACAGAUGUCACAGAUGUGGUACCACAGAAACACCAGAAUGGAGAAGAGGUCCAAAAGGGGUGAGAACAUUAUGUAAUGCAUGUGGUUUAUUCCAUGCUAAAUUGGUAAAGAGAAAAGGUGCAGCAUUGGCAGCAGAAGAGGUGUUGAAUAAUAAAGUGACAAAGGGGAAGAAUGGUCGUAGAAUAAGUAUGAAGAAACAUCUUUUAAAUGAAAGUUUAAAACAACAACACCAAAUUAAUAGUGUGGGUAUUCAUAUCAAUGAAUUCAAUCAUCAAUUAGUACCACCAUCGUUCAAACCUCAACAAGGAGGAAUUGCAACGUUACCUCCUUUGCAUGGUCAUUAUUCAAACAAUGUCAACAAUCUUGUCAUUCAGCAUCCACCACAACCACGUCCACCACAACAACAACAACAACAACAUAUGUUAGGAGGUGGUGUUCCAGUUGCUUAUCCAGCUCAAAUUCCUUUAAUUCGUCACUAA